CAAUAGUGCGCAAGUGUAGUGCUGUGUGUGGGUGUGAGUGGAAAGUAUGAAGAGUCCCACCCUAAAAGGCACAGGGUCUGAAGCUCGAAGACAGCCCAAGUCGUCCGGGAAGAUCUAAAAACCAUAAACUAUGAGCUAUCCGGGAUACCCCCCUCAAAGUGGCGGGUACCCCCCACAAGCGGGUGGCUAUCCUCAACCAGGCAACUACCCACCCCAAGCCGGGGGCUAUCCACCCCAAGCUGGAGGUUACCCUCCCCAGGCAGGGGGUUAUCCACCCCAGGCAGGGGGAUACCCACAACAGCCUGGUGGCUUUCCUCAACAGCCUGGAGCUGGAGGAUACCCAGCCAUGCCACCGGCAGGUGGUUGGGGAGGUGGUGCUGCUUUCUCCAAUCUUCCAGCCAUGGCCAGCCAAAUCUCAGCAGCAAUGGGGGCUUUCAACCCCACCCCUGACAUGUCUAUCCCUGGUGGAUAUCCCCACCCUGCCACCCAAGCCCCUAAUCCGUAUGGCCUGUAUCCCCAGUCAGGAGGGCAGAUGCCCCAGCCUCAAGGCCCAGGGAUGGGCUACCCAGGGCAGCCCAUGCCAGGGUACCCACAAGGACCCCCAACCAACCCGUCCAUGCCCGGUUACGGAGGAGGACCUGCUCCUAACCAGCCCAUGCCUGGGUACCCUGGGGCCCCUACGCCCAACCCCUCUAUGCCCGGUUUUGGAGGAGGACCUGCGCCUAACCAGCCAAUGCCAGGGUACCCUGGGGCCCCUACUCCCAACCCAUCUAUGCCCGGUUUUGGAGGAGGACCUGUGCCUAGCCAGCCUAUGCCAGGCUACCCUGGUGCCCCCAACCCGUCCAUGCCCAAGGCUCCUGCCCUAAAUAGGGGAUUCCGUGGAUCCAUCAAGGAUUACCCGGGAGCAGACCCCCUGAAAGAUGCGGAGGUUCUGAGGAAAGCCAUGAAGGGCUUUGGUACUGAUGAACAGGCCAUCAUAGACCUGUUAGGAAGUCGCUCAAACAGACAGCGUGUUCCCAUGCUAAUGGCCUUUAAGACCGCCUAUGGAAAGGAUUUGAUUAAGGAUCUGAAGUCAGAGCUGUCUGGAAACUUUGAGAAACUGGUGCUAGCCAUGAUGAAGACCCCAACCCAGUUGGAUGCAUACGAACUCAAAGAGGCCAUUAAGGGUGCUGGGACAGACGAGGCUUGUCUGAUAGAGAUCCUGGCAUCUCGCUCCAACGCAGAAAUCAGGGAGAUCAACCAGGUCUACAAGACAGAGUAUAAGAAGUCACUAGAAGAUGCCAUCAGUGGGGACACCUCAGGACACUUCCGGAGACUCCUCAUCUCUCUGGCUCAGGGUAAUCGAGAUGAACGAGAGACAGUUGACAUCACUUUAGCCAAACAGGAUGCUCAGACCCUGUACGCUGCUGGGGAGAACAAGGUAGGAACAGAUGAGUCCAAGUUCAACGCCAUCCUGUGUUCCAGGAGCAGACCUCAUCUUAGAGCAGUGUUCCAUGAGUACCAGCAGAUGUGUGGCAGAGACCUUGAGAAGAGUAUCGACAGGGAGAUGUCUGGAGACCUGGAGAGUGGAAUGGUGGCUGUGGUCAAGUGUAUCAAGAACACACCCGCUUACUUUGCUGAGAGGCUCUACAAGUCCAUGAAGGGAGCCGGGACAAAGGACAAAACUCUGAUUCGAGUAAUGGUGACCCGUUCUGAGGUGGAUAUGUUGGAUAUCCGUGAAGAGUAUGUCAAGAAGUAUGGGAAGUCGCUCUACACAGACAUCUCUGGUGACACCUCAGGGGACUAUAAGAAACUGCUGUUAAAGCUGUGUGGAGGGAGCGACUAAAGGAAACAUGUCAGCGCUGUCUUCAGGAUCUCAAAUGCUUACAAAUAGGAGAUUUGCUGUUUGACCUGUAAUGUAAUAAUAAUAAUAUAUGCCAUUCUUCUUUUCUAUCUCCUUCUAUGCAUGCACUACAUUCAGUAAUACUGCAUGCCGUGCCAUACGUGUUCUGCAAUGCAAUUUUUUUAUCAUGUUAUGAUACGAGAACUUUGUCAUAAUGGCUGUUCCUUUUCUAUAUUUUUUAUGAGCAAGAAAGUGUAUAUUUUUUCUUAAGUGUAGCAUCGGUGCUGGGUAUUGUGGUUAUAAAUAACCUCAAAGAUGCAAUUUGCAAAUUUGAUUAGAUUAGAAAUGGAAAUCCAUAUAUAUUUUAUAAAAUAUGUAUUUUAAUUUAACCUAUCUGGGCUAAUAUUAUCCAUAUAUAAUUAGACAAGUUAGUUCAGUAGUAAUUAGUUAAGUUUAAUGAUGUUAAAAGGAUUAGUCUGAUAAGAAUCCUUGCAGCUGCAAUACCAAAGGGGAUAUUUUAUUUGUGUUUAGUGUGUACACUAUCACUUAUAAUGUUCAUCCAUUAUUCUCACUUGUGCUGUCCCUGCUGUUUCUAAAAUCUCUUUCAGUAUAACUGUCUAUCAACAUGAACAUAGCGGUGCUCUGAUUAUUAUUUGAUCAAAAAUAAAUGUUAGGAAACUUU